ACUGCAAGCAUUAAAAAGAUAUGACAUUUUCCCUUCUGAACUCCCCUACUCUACAGAUUAAGAUUCAUAAACUAAAGUUUUCCUAAACUGUUGUUAUUUGUGAGAAACAUGAGCCCAAAGUUGGUUCUGGCAGGUCAGAGCCGAGCAAGAGUCUAAAAUCAUAAUCGAGUCAUCUCAGAUUGAGCUCCUCUGGUGAUGUCAGAAGCAGCCUGAUGGGUGGGAUGGACUGGGAGGCGCCCUCUCCAUAACCCUACCCUAAACAGGGAAGAUCUGCUCUGAAGACUUCACCAGGAACAAGAACAAUGUCUGUUUAUCUGCUCAGCUUUGUCCUGCUCUCCAGACUGUCUCGCGCAUUCGAUGCAGUGGCUCCCGUCCACUUCGGACCCCCUUCCCUCGGAUUCAGCUCCUCUGUCCGCUCGGUGUGUAAGCCCAUCCCGGUCACCCUGUCUCUGUGUGACGGAAUCGGCUACAGACGCAUGUGGAUCCCCAACCUACUAGGCCACGAUACUCCUAAAGAGGUCCAGCAGCAGUCGGCGGCCUGGCUGCCGCUGGUCUCCAAGCUGUGCCACCGGGACACCAGGAAGUUCCUGUGCUCGCUGUUCGCCCCGGUGUGUCUCCCGGAGCUCAGCGGGCCCGUCAGCCCCUGCAGGAGCCUGUGCGAAGCCGUGCGGGACGGAUGCGUGCCAGUGAUGAGCGCGUUCGGGUUCCCCUGGCCCGAGAUGUUUAACUGUAGCCGGUUCCCCAGCGGAACCGAGCUCUGCAUCCCAGCGACCGAUCACCAGGCUGGGCAAACGGAGGAGGAGGUCAGGCAUGAGGAGGAGCUGAGAGGGAGUGUUAUAUGUGAUGCCUGUAGUCUGGCUGCUGAAGGAGAGUCUGACAUCCAGGAAAACUUCUGUGGCAGUCCAUAUGCCUUGAAGAUGCGUCUGGGCAGCGUGUCAAGAGUGGGAGUUGACCUUCAGCUGGUCCCUUUGGCCCAGAGUCGCAUCCUGAGGUGGGAGGGGGGAGGUGCAGAGAGGGCAGAGGGGGUUGGAGGAGCAAUGGGUUUCAAGGCUCUGUGGCUGCAAGAAGGAGGCAGCUGUACCUGUCCUGGUUUAGACUCUUCAGCGUCGAGUAAAGACAAGGAGGUAGGAGAGGUGCAGAAGAAUAAAAAACAGGGUAAGGUGAGGAACAAAGCCUCCAGCAGAUGGUAUCUGGCUCUGGCUCAGGCCGAAGAAGGAAGACUCGUGCUGACUCGACUGGUGAGGUGGAGCCGAGGGGACAAAGAGCUGAAAAAGUUUACCAAAGCUCUUCUGAAACAAACCUGUCCAGAGCUUUAAACACCAAGUUAUUGGUCUUCUGGGUCUUUUCUAACGGAGAACUGCAACUUUCUGCACUGCAAAUCCCAACAUGUCAAACAAAAUCAUGCAGAAAGUUUCAGUUCAGUCUUAAAGCAGCAAACACAAAGAAACUUGUUCUGCGUUUGCAGUUUUCACAUCAUUCUGGUGCUGUUAGAUAAGUGGUGAUGAUGAAACACCUUCCUGUUAAAAAUAAUUACUGCUGCGUCUGCAGCAGACACGUAGGAAACAAAUGUUUUUUUUUUUGACUGAAUAAAAUAAAUCUGUAUUUUUAUUAAAGUUUCCAAAGGUUCAGACUGAUGUGACUGAUUCAUAUUUGCAGUAAAUGGCUGAGCUGUCCUGAAAUCAUCAGUUAUUUUCUCAUUCUUCCUAUUUUUUUGUAUUUUGUACGAACGUCUCUGGAACAGAACAACUGCAUUUACAAUAAACUGACAAGAUUUCAUAAUAA